CGAUUUACGAAAGACCCAUGAAGCACAACACUAGACGAGACCUCCCGGAGAGAAGAAUUUGCGGUUAAAAGUGGGGUGAAAAAUCUAGUUGAAACUUGAUCCAAUUAAAGCUCAUCUCGUGAUGCACUUUGAAUUAUUAUGUGUCCCCACCUCGGUCUAUCAAGGCCGUCGGUCUAUUCUAUAACUUAUUUAUGUUCAGCAUGUUUGCACUUCAUAAAUAGCACUCGCAAUGAGUCAGCAGUUCAGAAGUACUGGGCUCAAAUUAGGCGUGACACACACUACGUUAUCGAUUUGUUCCACACCGUCAUUAAGGUGGGGUUUGGGAAGGGGUUUGAUAUUUCCACCUUCGAUUAAGAUUACGUCAAAUGGCCUUAAAUCCAGCUAACACACAAAAAUGAGAACAAACACCGGUUUCGCUCUCCGAAAGUAUGCUCUCAAGGUCAAAGUCCGAAAAAAGGGCCUCGUAGAAACUCUGCCGAAAGAGAGAAGAGGACCCAGCGGGUCAUCUUCGACCGUUUGACUUUUUCGUGGUGGGACGCUUUUCAGUUCCAUUCGAGAUGUCGAGCAAGCCGGUCCUGUACACGCACACGAUUAGUCCCGCCGGCCGUGCGGUCGAGCUGACCGUGAAGGCGUUAAACCUUGAUGUCGAUGUUCGCGAGAUGAACGUCUUCAAGGGUCAGCAUAUGAGCGACGAGUUCAAGAAGUUAAACCCCGUCCAAACGAUCCCAACACUGGACGACAACGGGUUCGUGCUGUGGGACAGCCACGCCAUCAUGAUCUAUCUGGCGCGCCGUUACGGUGCCGAGUCCGGCCUCUACACGGAAGAGUACGAGCAGCAGGCCCGCAUCAAUGCGGCCCUCUUCUUCGAGAGUUCGAUCCUGUUCGCGCGGCUCCGCUUCUGCACGGACAAUCUGACCGUGCUGGGCAAGAGUGCGAUACCGGAGGAGAACCUACAGCGUGCGCUGGAAGGGCUGCAGCGGCUGGAGAGGAUGCUGCAGUCGGAGUAUGUGGCCGGCGAUCAGCUGACCAUUGCGGAUCUGAGCUGCGUGAGCAGUGUGGCCACACUGCACCUGAUGCUGAAACCGUCGGCGGAAGAGUUCCCCAAAACGUUCGCCUGGAUGGAACGAUUGUCGAAGUUGCCGUACUACGGGGAGGUGAUGGGACGAGGACUUAAAGCGGCCGGAGAGCUGAUGCAGACGCUUGGUAGCAAGAACAGUGGUGGUGGUGGUGAUGGCAACUAGAAGCGCAGUAGGCAGUGGAACUUACUCUACGCUGUGAAGUGAGGGACGAAGAUGGCGCUGCUUAAGCUGCUCUAGUAUCCGUUGCGGAGGAAUUCUAGCACCAAACUGAGCGUUCUCGGGCUUAAUCUUACCUUACAAGUAUGUGUUUGUAUGUUGAUAAUCGCCGAUAAGAGCAUGCCAACACUCCAAAAUUCUCUUUAGUACAGGUUCUAACUAUUUGUUUACAUUUCAGGAGAACUUUAUUUAGAAAUGUCAAUUUAAUUCGCUGCUUGUUUUUUUAUAUUUUUUUUCGGUUUAUGUGCUACCAAAUAAACGUAGAUGCCGCAGAAAUAGAA